AUGGAAAAUGAAUAAGAAAGUUAAUUUUUUAAAAAAGGGAGUAUAUGCUAUGUAUCUUAAAACCAUUGGUUAUAAGCAAAAAGUAUAAGAGAGAAUAUUUUAUUUGGCGAAGAAUAUGAUGAAGUUUGGUAUUAAAAAUGUAUAAAUGCUUGCGAUUUAUAAGAAGAUUUGAAUUCUUUAUCAUAAAAAGAUUAAAAAAUAAUAAUAUAAAAUGGUAUUAAUUUAAGUGGAGGAUAAAUAUAAAGGAUUUGUAUAUGUAGAGCACUUUAUUCGAGGAAAGAUAUUUAUUUAUUUGAUGAUAUUUUUAGCAGUUUAGAUAGCCAUGUUUAAUAAAAAAUAUUCCAAAAUGCAAUUAUAGAUUUACUAAUUAAUGAAAAAGAAAAAACAGUGUUAUUUUGUUCUUAAAAUUAUCAUAUGUUUAAUUAUUAAAAAACAUUUAGUCAAAUAAUUCUAAUUGAAUAAGGAUAAAUAAUAUUAAAUUAAUAAAUAAUAGAAUAAUAUAUAUAAAGAUAAAUUUAAUAAUAAUAACAAAAAUAAUUUAGUCCUUAAAAAUAAUUAGACUUUAGUUUAUAAUUAAAUUAAGAAGAUGAAUAAAGAGAAUAAGGAAGUUUUAAUAUUUAAGUUUAUUUUUCUUAUUUUUAGUCUAUGAAUAUAAUAUUUUUUAUUUGCUUUUUAAUUUCUCAUAUAUUAUGUCAAACAAGUUAAGUUUUUAUUGAUUUUUGGUUAAAAGAUUACAUAUAACCUGAAUCAGAUUUUUAUAAAUAAAUUAACUAAUAAAUAACAUUUUAAUAAGCGUUUAUGUAUUUCUUAUUAAUUAAUAUAAUCUUUAUUUGUUUAAAAUGUUUUCUUUUUGUAAUUGUUAAUUAUUUUAGUUCUUAUAAUAUAUUUAAUAAUUUAAAUAAAUGCAUUAUAUUUAGCAAAAUGUCUUUCUUUGAUAAAACUUCGUUAGGAAAAAUAAUGAAUAGGGUAUCUGAUGAUAUAUUUUAAAUAGAUUAAUCUGCUUCUAUUAAUUUUAAUGAGCUUUUAACUUCUUAUGUUUAGGUUUUUGGAUAUUUAAUAGCUAUAGGUUAUAUUUUUCCUUAUACUUUAAUAAUUUCUUUCGUAUGUAUAUUUUCAAUGUACUAUUAUUAUGCUAAAUUUACUCGAACUAAUAAAGAGUUAAAAAGACUUAAUUAAGUAAAUUAUGGAAAAUUAAUAACUAAUAUAAAUGAAAUUUGCGGUGGAUUAGCAAUUAUAAGAUCUUUUAAUCAACAAGAAAAUAUUUUAAAGGAUUUUUUAGUAAAUCUUAAAGAUUUUAAUAAUUGCCUUUUAAAUUUGUAAGCUAUAGAAGUUUGGCUUUAAAUAAGAAUUUUAUUAAUUUCUAAUUUAAUUUGUUUUUCUAUAUGUAUUAUUUGCCUUUAUUUUGUGUUUUAAAAUGGUUUGAUUAAUUAUAAUAACUUUUCAAUGAGUUUAGCCUAUUCAAUUUUAUUCUGUUAGUCUUUUUAUGUUUUGAUUUUUUAUUAAAUUCAAUUCGAAUUAAAUAUGGUCAAUAUGGAAAGAAUUAAAUAAUAUUAUAAUAACGAUUAAGAAAAUAUAGAAUGUUAUAAAUAAAAUUAAAAAGAAAUAAUAGUAAAAGUUGUUUAGGAGGAAUAUAAUUAAUAUUAAAUUAUUUUUAAAGAUGUUUCUUUUUCUUAUGAAAAUGAGAAAAAUAAUCAUUAAUAAUAAUAUGCAUUAUAAAAUAUUAAUUUUAGAAUAAAAAAAGGAUAAAAAAUAGCCUUUUUGGGCAGAACAGGUUCAGGAAAAACUUCAAUUAUUAAUUUAUUGUUUAAUUUAUACCCAUUUUAAUAAGGAAACAUAUUUAUUGAUGGUUAAGAUAUAUUAUCAUAUUCACUAAAGUAAUUAAGAAAUAAGAUUUCAAUUAUUCCUUAAUUCGGGUUUCUUUAUAAUGCGACUAUAAAGUAAAAUUUAGAUCCUGCGGAUGAAUAUAAAGAGGAUGAUUUAUAAAUUAAAAUAUAAAAAUUUGAUUUUAAAUUUAAAUAAGAGCUUGAUUUUUUAGUUGAUGAAAGUGGAAAUAAUCUUUCAAAUGGAGAAAAAUAAAUUAUUAAUUUUUUAAGAAUUACUUUAAGAAAUUCUGAUAUUAUUUGCAUAGAUGAAGCUACUUCUAAUAUGAACCCUGAAACUCAUAAAUAAAUAACUGAUUAUAUAUUAGAUAUGGCUAUAGGAAAAACUCUUAUUUAUAUAACUCAUAGAAUGGAAAGUAUUGAUAAAUUUGAUAAUAUCUUUAUAUUAGAAAAUAGUAAAAUUAUAGAAGAAGGAAAUUUCGUUUAAUUAUCUUAAAAUCAAAAUGGAUAUUUUAGUAAAAUCUAUAAUAAAAAAUGA